AUGCCUCCCCGACAACAACCAUCUGAACCACCUACCCUCCAACAACUACAAGAAUCCAUUAAUAACCUCACUGCAGCCUUUUCCUCUUUCCGGAACACUCAAGACCAACGCCAUGAGGAUUAUUUAGCUUCCAUGGAAUCUCUACAAUCCCAAAUUCCUGUCCAAGCCCAGAUUUCUCCUAGCCAAGGCACCUCACACACAGAUCUCACGAUAAAACCACCCAAGUUACGCCUCUUGCCUUUUGACGGCACAAACCCCCUCGAUUGGGUCUUCCAAGCUAACCAGUUUUUCGCUCACUACGCCAUUCCCCACCACCAACGAUUAGCUCACGUUGCCGGCUACAUGACUGGUGACGCCCUUGGUUGGUACCAAUGGAUGUUCAACAAUCACCUCCUUUCAACAUGGGAGGCGUUCACACGAGCUUUGGAGGUUCGUUUUGGACCCUCUGCUUACGACAACCAUCAACAAGCCCUUUUCAAACUCAAACAAACAGCAUCAGUUGCUGACUAUCAACGGGAUUUCGAACGUCUUUGUAAUAGGGUAACAGGUCUAUCACCUUUGGCUAUCACUGACUGUUUUGUCUCAGGUUUAAAAUUCCAUAUCCAAAAUGAACUUGCUGUCCAUCAACCUACAUCCAUUUCCCAGGCCAUAGGCCUUGCAAAGCUCAUUGAAUCCAAAACCUCUGUCACACGGCCUUUCCAAGCUACUACAUCUAAAUAUCCAAAACCCCCGCUUCUACCCACUCCCCCGCAUCAAUUACCCCAACGUAACACACUCCCUCAAACCCCUUUUCCUAUUAAGCGAUUGAAUCCCACAGAGAUGCAACAAAGACGCACACAAGGAUUGUGUUUUAACUGUGAUGAGCGAUUUCAUCCUGGCCACCGCUGUAAAUCCAAACAAUUCUUGUUACUCCUGGAUACCGAUGACUCCACACCGUCAGAUGCUAAUUUAUGUGCUCUCAUUACACAAACAGACCCAAUCCCAUUACUCGAAUCCCAAACAGAUCCUGAUAUUACUCAACACGACACAAAUGUCACCAUUACAGAACCACUUAACAUUGAACCAACACUAUUCCAAUUGUCCCUCCAAGCUGCCACUGGCCACCCCUCCCCCCGCACCUUACGUUUCACUGCAUCCAUUCAUGGCCACCACAUUACAAUUUUGGUCGAUUCAGGCAGCUCCCAUAACAUCAUUCAACCGCGCGUAGCCUCUUUCUUACACCUCUCUAUCCAACCCUUGUCAUCUUUUUCAGUGAUGGUAGGUAACGGUGAUCACUUACAUUGCACAGGUGUUUGCAAAGAGACCCCUUUAAUGGUUGACCAACAUCUUUUCACGGUUUCCCUUUACGUUCUUCCUAUCCAAGGGGCUGAUGUGGUUCUUGGGGUUCAAUGGUUGCAAACUUUAGGGCCAUUUGUCUCUGAUUUUAGUGUUCCUUCUAUGCAGUUUUAUCACAAUGAUGCUCUCCUCACCAUCACUGGUUCUAAACCUAACACCCUAACACAAGCUUCUGCCCACCAACUACACCGCAUGCUACAAACUAAUGCCAUCGCAACCUUUCACUCUAUCUCCAUGGUCCCCAACCAUCCCACACAUAUUUCACCACCACAAAGCACCGAUCCUUUAACAGAUGCACAACUCAUUCAAACCUUUCACCCUGACAUACAACCUAUCCUUAAUAACUACCUUCCCAUUUUCUCAAAACCACAAGGUUUACCACCUUCAAGAUAUCAUGACCAUCACAUUCACCUCCAACCCAAUGCUACUCCUAUCAACAUUAAACCAUACCGAUACCCCCACUAUAAAAAAGAAACCAUGACCAACCUUAUUAAAGAAAUGUUGCAAGAUGGGAUAAUCCAACCUAGCACGAGCCCAUAUUCCUCACCCGUCCUACUAGUGAAAAAAAAAAUGGUUCCUGGCGGUUUUGCGUAG